CUACACCAGGCAUCAUGUCAGGGCUUAACACUUCUCUGGCCUACUUCUUAAGUGUGGUUGGCACUUGUGCGGUUGGAAGGGUGCUGUUCGCCCGCUGGAAACAGCGGUGGAGUUUCCUAACAGAAUUCAUUGCUGCAUUUGCACUUGCUGCCUGUCGACUAGAAGUGGAGACUAUUUCAGAGGUCGGUCAAUGGGCUGGUGCACUGGGACCAGAUGUUGCAUUCACAAUACUUUUCCUAGCUAUAGUCAUCAAUGGUAUAAUCAUGCAAGGUGUGAGUGGCAAUCCAGCAGUGACCCUAAUGGGAUUCCUCCAGAAAGAAACCUAUGCUGUCGCAGCUGUUCUAAGCGUUGCAUCACAAUUUCUUGGCGCAUACCUUGCCCUCGUAGUUGCUGGUAAAUACUGGGAAAUGGAGCUGACGGAUAUGCAUAUGAUCAAGAAUCUGAUGAUGGCAGAGUGCAGUACUUCUUUGCGAGCCACAGUGUUACAAGGAGCCUUUGCCGAAGCAAUUAGCGCGAUGACUUUUUACCUAGUUUACCUCAUCCUAAUGAACAGGACACAGCUGCUGAGAAUUCCCAUCUUGGCUUUUUUGCUAACUUUCUUCGCCUAUGCAGGAAAUAACUACACAUCUGGAUAUGUGAAUCCAUCGCUUGCCUUUGCGCUUACAUUCACCUGUCCUGGACAUACCUUCUUGGAGUAUGCUGUAGUCUACUGGCUCGGGCCUCUUAUUGGUAUGAUUCUCGCACUGUUCCUGUAUUUGGGCAAUAUUCCAUUGCUGUUUAACAAGAAUCUACUUUACUCCAAGAAGACACGCUUCGGGAUGCCCAAGGUGAAAAAUUCUGAAGACAAUAAGACCAGCUAAGAACGCCAGACAUGAAGAUUAGGCUUAAUAGGAUUACUUAAGGUUCUAUUGUAAAUCAUAUUUGUAUUUUUUAUCCCCUUUUCUCCCAAUUUUGGAAUGCCCAAUUCCCACUACUUAGUAGGUCCUCGUGGUGGCACGGUUGCUCACCUCAAUCCGGGUGGUGGAGGACAAGUCUCAGUUGCCUCCGCUUUUGAGACCGUCAAUCCGCGCAUUUUAACAAAUGGCUCGCUGUGCAUGACACCGCGGAGAUGUGGAGGCUCAUGCUACUCUCCACAAUCCAUGCACAAUUUACCAUGUGCCCCAUUGAGAGCGAGAACCACUAAUCCACGUCUGAGACCGUCAAUCUUCACAUCUUAUCACGUGGCUUGUUGAGCACGUUACCGUGGAGACAUAGCACGUGUGGAGGCUUCACGCUAUUCUCCGCGGCAUCCACGCACAUCUCGCCACGUGCCCCAGCGAGAGCGAGAAACCACAUUAUAGCGACCACGAGGAGGUUACCCCAUGUGACUCUACCCUCCCUAGCAACUGGGCCAAUUUGGUUGCUUAGGAGACCUGGCUGGAGUCACUCAGCACGCCCUGGAUUCAAACUCACGACUCCAGGGUAGCCAGCGUCAAUACUAGCUGAGCUUCCCAGUCCCCCUGUAAAUCUGUUGUUACUUUCUUCAAUAUUUGAAUGUAUC